UACUCCUAGUGGUAGUAAUCGUUUUAAUUUCAAAUCGCCUUCCUCGCUUCCCCUUUCCGCCUCCUCCCACCAAAUCUAGGGUUUCCUGCCAAAAAUCUCCCGGCCGCCGGCGAGAAUGUCGGCCAGCGCCGAGCCCGAGAAGGCCGCCGCCGCUGCCGCCACCGAAGGCGAGGAGAAGGCGGAGGCCAAGGACGGCGGCUCCGGCGGGGAGCUGCUGUACUGCGGCGCGACGGUCAGGACCAUGGGUCAGAAGGCGGUGGGCGGGGGGAUCCAGGGCAACCUGCUGUCCCCGUCGCGGCUGAGGCCGCUUGUCGGCGUGGACAUUCGCUCCGUCGCCUCAGGCUGCACGGCUUUCCAUUGUGUUGCUUUGGGUGCUGAUGGUCGUUGCUAUACAUGGGGUCGCAAUGAGAAGGGGCAGCUGGGGCAUGGGGAUACUGUUCAGCGUGACCUACCGACCAUUGUUUCUGAACUAUCGAAAUAUAAAAUAAUUAAAGCAAGUAUUGGAAAAAAUCAUACUGUGGUUGUAACUGACGACGGAAAGGCCUUCUCAUUUGGUCACAACAAAUAUGGACAACUGGGGACGGGAUCCCUAAGGAAUGAAAUCGAGACAUUGCCAGUGCCCUGUCUUGUUACUGAAGUAACUGCUGCUGUCUGUGGUGGUGAUUUUACUGUCUGGCUGUCAUCUGUCGAGGGCUCUUCUAUACUUACGGCAGGUCUUCCCCAGUAUGGCCAACUUGGUCAUGGAACCGACAACGAGUACAAUACCAAGGAUUCGUCAGUAAAGCUAUCAUAUGAUCCCCAGCCCCGUCCCAGGGCAAUAGCUGUGUUGUCUGAGAAAACUAUCGUCAAAGUUGCAUGCGGAACAAAUCAUACAGUUGCAGUUGAUUCAAGUGGUUUUGUCUACACAUGGGGGUUUGGCGGAUAUGGAAGGUUGGGCCACAGAGAACAGAAGGAUGAGUGGCAACCUCGCCUCGUUGAAGUAUUUCAAAAGAACAAUGUUCUGCCUCCCAAUGCUAUUGUUUCAGCUGGUUCUGCCAGUUGUGCAUGCACUGCUGGUGGCGGACAGUUGUAUAUGUGGGGAAAGAUGAAGAAUACAGGCGAUGAUUGGAUGUAUCCAAAGCCACUAAUGGAUUUAAGUGGUUGGAAUAUCCGCUGCAUGGCUUCUGGUAACAUGCACCACGUUGUUGGUGCAGAUGAUUCUUGCAUAAGCUGGGGCGCUGCCCAAUAUGGGGAGCUCGGUUAUGGCCCUAAUGGACAAAAGUCAUCUGCGAAUCCUAAAAAGGUUGACAGUCUUGAAGGCAUGCAUGUUACAAGUGUUGGUUGUGGAUAUGGAAUGUCUCUGAUUAUUGUGGACAGAGCAAAGAUUGGCGAUAAGCUUGAUGAGCUGGAUAUUUAUGACGGUGAAACCUCCACUCAAGUAGAAGAGAGAGUAGAAGCAAAGGUAACCAAGAAGGCAUCUGCUAGCACCAAUUCACGGUCCAAUAAGCGUAAGAAAAACAAUAACCUUUCUGAAUCAGAAGAGGAUGAGGACGAAGAUGACAGCGAAGAUGAUGAAAAUGGAGUAGUAAAGGGCACGAAGGGUGGGCGUGGCCGCAAACCAUCUAAUAGGGGGAGAGGAAGGGGAGCGAAAAAGGCCACUCCGGAUCCAAAGCCAUCUGGAAGGGGCAGAGGCCGCCCGAAGAAAACUGAGAGCCCUCCGCAGAAAGCUGAAAGCUCAGGGCGAGGUGCGAAGAGAGGCCGAGGGAGACCUCGCAAGUGAUGGUCUAAACCUUGGCAAAUCUUUUGUUGAGAUCAGAUCAAGUGAUCUCUAACACCUGAUGUGAUCCAGCCCAGCCAUUUGAGAGUACUCAUUUCUUAGCAAUGCCCACUCUCACUCUUUCUGACUGCCUGUAAUUCAAAGGAAUGUCUUCCGAAUGUAGUACCUUGUGAUUAUGAAUCUGGAAUGUUAACUUCUAAAACAGCAUCAUUUAUUGGUCAUUCUGAGUGAAUUCUUCUACCCAAUCA